AUGGUUGAUAUGAAAAGUAAUGUGAAUUUUACGUGCCAGCGAUGUCUACAACCUCUCAGACUAGAUCCGAGUUUUCAGCAUCUUGAAGAACACGCGCUAGCAGAACUUUCACUUCCUAUCCAACAACAAGUGGUGAAUGAUUUAGAGCAUCAGAGUACAAGCAUAGAACACUUAGUACCACCAUUUAAAUUGACUGAAUCUGCAAAUGGUACAAAUGGGUUUAUGUUAGUUGGAGAUUCUGGAGAAACAGAAAGUUUAAGUCACCAUUUAAAGGUACGAGCAACAUUAUUUGAUAUUCUUAGCAGUAGUAGUUCUGCUGAUCAUCCACUUUGUGAUGAAUGUACGGAUAGUCUUUUACUGUUAAUGGAUCAACAAUUAAGAAUGACUGAAGGAGAAUGGUCAGACUAUAAUGAGUACUUAAAAAAGUUAGAAAUAGAACAGCAACAUCAAGGCCAUGAAGAUGUGGAAAUGGAAACUCUCACAAAAGAAUUACAGGAUGUGAAGUCUGAAGAAGAGAGAAUGAUAAACGAAUUGGAGGCAUUAAGAAAAGAAGAAAUUGCAACUAGAAAUGCCAUAGCUCAACAAGAAAGGGAAAGAGAAAGAUUACAAAGUGAAGAAGAAAGGUAUUGGAGAGAAUAUUCAAAACAUAAGAGAGAUCUCAUAUUAGCAGAAGAUGAAUACCGUAGUUUGGAGUGUCAGUUAGCUUAUGCUGCUUCACAACUAGAGAGACUGAAGAAAACAAAUGUUUUCAAUGCUACAUUUCAUAUUUGGCACUCAGGACAUUUUGGAACUAUAAAUUCUUUCCGGUUAGGUAGAUUACCAAGUGCACCAGUAGAUUGGAGCGAAAUAAAUGCUGCUUGGGGACAGACCACUUUGCUAUUAACAGCUCUUGCUAGGAAAAUGAAUCUCACAUUUAAACGUUUUCGUCUAGUGCCAUUUGGUAAUCACAGUUAUAUCGAAGCUUUAGAUCAACACAGAGAACUACCACUAUAUGGAAGUGGAGGAUUUAAAUUCCUGUGGGACACAAAAUUCGAUGCAGCAAUGGUAGCAUUUCUCGAUUGUUUGCAACAAUUUAAGGAACAGGUGGAAAAGGGAGACAGUGGAUUCUGUCUUCCAUAUAGAAUGGAUCGUGGAAAAAUAGAAGAUUCUGCAACAGGAAAUUCUUAUUCCAUCAAGUAACUAUUAUUUAUAUUAAUAUGCUUUCCAUGAUUAUAUCUAUUUGAAUCAUGCAUUGCAUGUUUUCUGUUUCAGAAUUCAAUUUAAUUCAGAAGAACAGUGGACCAAGGCACUGAAAUUUCUGUUAACUAA